GGAAAGUAGGCUGACGUAAUAGGCUGACGCUUUGCUUUGGCAACGCCAUGUGUGAUUUUCAACGGCGCACAGCACAGAGCCCGUCUUAACAGCAAACAAUUUAAAAAUUAUUGACGUCAUCUUUUGCCAAAAGUCUUCGGAUCAGCAGAGAAAUCCACGCAUUCUGCCUGCUGUUGAGAGGUUUAAGUGCUCUGACGGACCCUUCUGUAUUCAAAUAAUGUCUUCACUUCUCAAAGUCGACAAGGCAGUUAAAGUCAAGGUGGAUGCGUUCAGGGAACAAAUCACAGCCGAGGCAGAGGACCUUGUUGCAAGCUUUUUCCCCAAGAAGCUGUUGGAACUAGACGCCUUUUUGAAGGAACCUAUAUUAAAUGUCCAGGACUUUAAGGAGAUUCAAUCUGAGCUCAAUGUGAUCGUGCCUGACCCUGUUGUUUUCACCAACAGUCAUGACGGCAUGGAUGUGCAAAAUGCCAAAAAGAGAAAACUGGAAGAUGGAAUUGGAGAUGACAACAUCCAUGGCUCCAAAGGCCUUGCAGUGCCAGGAGGCAUGCUGAAGUGUAACGCUCGGCUGGUGGACCUGAUAGAGCGAGUAAAGCCAGAGAUUCGCACCCUUAUUGAGAAAUCCAACACCGUCAAAAUGUGGGUUCAGUUGCUUAUUCCCAGAAUAGAAGAUGGCAACAACUUUGGUGUUUCUAUUCAGGAGGAGACGGUAGCUGAAUUAAGAACCGUAGAGGGAGAAGCUUCCUGCUAUCUGGAUCAGAUUUCCAGAUAUUAUAUAACCAGAGCAAAACUAGCCUCAAAAAUUGCCAAAUAUCCACAUGUGGAGGACUAUCGACGCACGGUGUCUGAAAUUGAUGAGAAGGAGUACAUCAGCCUCAAGAUAAUUGUGUCAGAAUUACGGAAUCAAUAUGUAACGUUGCAUGAUAUGAUCCUGAAGAACAUUGAGAAGAUCAAGAGGCCGAGAAGCAGCAACAACGAAGCCCUCUACUGACCUUUUACCUAUGUCCUAGCAGUCCUAGCCAGUUCUAGAGAUUCCUUGCUUAGGGGUCUCUAUGCUGUGGAUGGUCACCUUCUUUUGGUGGUGGACUUGUGAUACUAAACUUGAGCCAGAUACAGUUAUGGCUCCAAGGCUGCUUAAAAACCAAACCUUUCAAACACACAUACACAUACACAAACAUUUCUCUCAUCCGGUUUCCUCAAAUGUAGAUGUAAGUCAUGAACUGAAAUGGAAAGUCAGCCUGUAACGGCUGGGUCUGUCGGAUCAAGCUGGCUUGAACUGGACUUUAUGUAGCACCACCUCUUGUGUAGGAGGAUGCUUAAAAAUGAUUUAUUUUCUUCAUUGAAAGUAACCAUGUAUGUUCAGUGUCAUUGCUUAGUGAAUUUGCCCAAGUUUUAUUUUUAUUUUUUCUCUUUUUCUUUGUGUGUGUGUGUGUGUCUCUGUCUGACUGUCCUUGUCCAUGUGUGUGUUUGGUGCAUGUGUGUGUGAGUAACUGACCAGUACUCAAAUUACUUGUCAACUCCUCUUGUAAAAAAGUUGUAGAAUACUGGUAAUUGACAAACUGUGGAGGGGAUUCUGCACAUGCAGUGAUUGUCAAAAAUCAAGUAACUCAACAACAGCAAAAAAAAAAAAAGCAGUACGUAUUUCUGACCAGGCCCAAUGUCAUUUUCACACACCGAGCUGUUUGGUCUUGUUUUAAGAAUUAAGAAUUAUUUUACAUAAUAAAAUUAUUUUAUGAUGA